AUGAGGUGCCCGUACGCCCAACUGAGCCACUUUUAUUCACAAUGUCUAUUUCCGACGUUAUCCACUCAGGCAGAGGAGCUAAAUGCAAUAAUCGGGGACGCCUUCAAAUUGGCCUACGCCAAGCAACGUCUUCAUAAUGAUGGUUUGGCCAACUCCCACCUCCCCGGUCUCUCCAGUCUCUAUGCUAUCGAGCUCCCCCCGGACUUGGAAGACGAAGAAGUAGAAAAGUGUGCUGUCCCACCCCUCCUUAUCCCUCCUCCUCCACCCACCAGUCCACCUCCUCCUCCCAUCUCGUCUGCAUCUCCGCCACUCAACAUGGACGUGGAAAUACGAUGCAACGGGAGAGGCGUUCAGAGACCGACCUCCUACUUUCCUUGUGCUGGUCGGCAAAAGGGGCUGGGAAAUUCUGUGGCACCAACGCACCUUUCAUCUGCCGAGGUUCGACGAAUCACUGCGUUCUGCCUUACAUUAUCCGGCGUCUAUGCUGCGUAUGCUUACCUAGAGCGUUGUGAGGGUGUUCAUUUACGAGGAUCGGGCUGCAUGUGUCCAGCUCCGGAACUUGAUCAAACUUUGGAGGAUUAUAUUAGUAACCCUGUUAUUGAGGCGAAGCUUCUGGUUAGUCGUGCGUUAUCUCUCGCCGCUGACCGUCAACAGAAUCGGUUUCGCUCCUUUAGCGGUAAGCCCUCGUUAGUUUCCUCUGGUCUGCGGCGUCAGUGGUUGGACUCGACAAACGGCGACUCCACGGAUGAGGGCCCUGCUCAAGCGGACAAAAGUGAGAAUUCUGGCGCUCGGCAGCGAGCUCUCUCUGACCCCAAGGCGCCGCCUCACCCACUCCUUCAGCCCAUCCGCCAUAGUGUCGCCUUUUUUGAAUCUCCUCCCGCUCCGAAACUCGCCGAGGAUUUGCAAGCACCGCCACCUCCAUCCAUCCCGAUAGCCUCUGUCUCCAUCAAGGACAAACACCGUGCCAUCUUUGAUUUUCCUUUAGGUGAUCAUCCCAUUUCCUCAACUGCUGCGAGUCCUGUUGUUGUUCUCAAGGCGCACCUCGAUUCUCUCGCUGAAGACGCUAAAAAGCAAGCGAAACAACCUCUCAAAAAACCAGAAACACCCAGUGGGGCAGCAUCUCGGUUUCGCUUGAGACAGGGGGUCGGCGGCGGCAAGAAGAGGCAGUUAGAGCGUCCCCUGUCGCAGAUUAUCUGCCAACUCGACUCGGCACUGCUGCUGAACAAUUCUCCCUCCUUUAGUGUGCAGCCAAGGUCCGAGGAGAGGCUCUCUGCCAUGGAGCCCACUACCUCCAACACCUCCAACAGCCAUUCGGCUUUCGAGGAAGAAGAGGAGAGCGGUGAGCAGCUCUCUUCGAUGAUGGAGCCACCCACUUCGGCGACUGUAGAGAAGGAUUGUGAUGGCGUGGACGGCCCGCCCAUACCCCCAGUCAGGGUGCACUCCCUUCGGAGAGGUGGUGGUGGUAGUUGUGGUGGUGAUUUUCGUCACUCGUCCUCGGGAGCUUCUCCUCACGUAGCACGACGAGGAGUAGCAACGCCUCUGCAAAGUCUCAACAAGUCGCCUGGCGGUGGAGAGGAAACAGCUUGGAAUUUUGAAACGGACACGAAAGCCGACGACUCACCCCGCCGAAAUCUUCGACUCGCCGACGUCUGCCCUGUGCCCAAUGUCACCUACCCCGGUGCUCUGAUGGACCUAGCCACGUACGUCCCUGGCGCCUCGCCAUCACCGGGAGAAGCGGCACCACUCCCUGAGCCCCCUUGUCCGCUUCACGCAGGUCUGGAAUCCCCCUCGGCAGUUUCGGUGAACGGUGGCAAUCAGCAACGCCAGACCAACGCGUGGUGGCCACCGAACGGCAGCCACCAGCCUCUGCAUCGGCCCCGAUUGACCGGGGAGACACCGACGCCCACCGCCACUCCCACUCCGACACCCACGCCUGCACCCCUCAUCCCCCAUCACACCUCUCCCUCCUGGUUUCAGGCCUAUCUACCCCGGGAGGUGGCACUGGAAUUACUCACGCACGAGGAAGCUGGCAGCUUCCUGGUGCGCGACAGCGUGACCCAACCAGGCUGCUGGGCCCUCUCGGUGCGCGUGCCGACCCACGUCAGCUGCGUCGGCAUCACCCACUACCUCAUCCAACACUCAAGGCACGGCGUCAAACUCAAGGGUUUGGAUAAGGAGUGGCCUUCACUGGAGGCCUUAAUCACGCACCUAACCGUGAUGCCCGAGAUGCUGCCGUGCCCCCUUCGCCUGCCAUCCAGCCAUUCCACUGGCUGCCACACUCACCAUUCCUCGAAUCCGACCUUCACGGAAGACGAACAUGAGGGCGGACCAGGCGGUGAGGGGGUGGAGGAGGAGGAUGACGCGGAGUACCAACGAUUGUCCGACUUUUCGUCGAUGCUCGCUGACAUGCAGUCGACGCCGACAGCGGCGGCAUCUCAACUGUUCCGGUGA